AUGCAGCAGAUACACGACAUCAUUUCAUCUUUGGCAGAAGAACGAGAUGUGGAAGUUCAAUAUAUACCAGACUAUGAACCAUCCUAUGAUGUAGACAUGACCUUUGUCUCCCUAUGUGGUAUCUCAACCAUAUCAGAGUUGAUUCCAGGAGUGUGCAGGGCCAUUGCAGAGGCAUAUAAAGAUGAGGUCUUCAACAUACCUACCACCCCUGGAGCAUGGAGCACCCUUGCCCAGCAGUUUGAACAGAGAUGGAAUAUCCCCCAUGCAAUUGGUACAUUGGAUGGAAAGCACACAGCCAUUAAGAAGCCAGCAAUCACAGACAGUCUCUACCACAACUAUAAGGGCUUCUUCUCUAUACCACUGCUGGCAUUGGUAGAUGCAGAGUACAAGUUCAUCUGGAUUGAGCUGGGAGGUAAAUGA